AUGCUGCCUGAACCUCCUGAUAUUGAUACAAUUUCUGAUAAAGAAAUCGAUCGUGAAGGACGUCUGAUCAAGGUUAGCGCGUGUGCAGAUCGAGCGGCGGCGGGUGAGCGGCGCGGGCGGGGAUCGCGCGUGCGCGGGGCGGGGUGGGCGCGGGCGGCAGACGCGCCGCGAUGGUGGGCCGCGACAGCCGCUCGAAGAGCGCGGCGCGCCCCUUGGCGCCGCGGCAUGAGUAGCGCGCCAGCCCGGCCCGGCCCGCGCGCCCGCCAUGGCGCAGGCCGCGCCCGCGCCCCAACGCACCCACUCCUUCGCAAAGAAGACCUUCCACAAGCCCACCUACUGCCACCACUGCUCGGAUCUGCUGUGGGGGCUCAUCGGGCAGGGCUACGUCUGCGAAGUGUGCAAUUUCAUAGUGCACGAACGUUGCGUGGGGCAAGUGGUGACGCCAUGCUGCGGGGUGGCGCCGAGCCUAAUCAAGAAUCCAGUGGCUCACUGUUGGUCAGAGCAUACACACCACAAACGGAAGUUUUGCACGGUGUGUCGAAAGCGACU